AUGGACACAACCAGGUGUCUCUGCAACCUGGGAUCUCGCAACCUGACAGGGAUCGUGGAAUUCCUCCUCUUGGGGCUCUCGGAUGACCCGGCCCAACAGCCUCUUCUUUUGGGGGCAUUCCUGGCCAUGUACCUGGUCACUGCCAUGGGGAACCUGCUCAUUGUCCUGGCCGUCAGCUCGGACCCGCACCUGCACACGCCCAUGUACUUCUUCCUGUCUGUCCUGUCUGUGACUGACGUGGGCUACAGCUCCACCACCGUCCUCAGGAUGAUUUGGGGCCUCCAGACUCACCACAGAGACAUUCCCUACCGCAGCUGCCUGGCACAGGUGUCCCUUUUCAAUCUCUUUGCCUGCUUGGACAGUGUCGUCCUGGCCGUCAUGGCUUAUGACCGCUUUGUGGCCAUCUGCCACCCCCUGCACUACCCGGUCAUCAUGAACCCCCGGCUCUGCAUUCGGCUGGUUUUACUCUCUUUUUCUGUCAGCUUAAUAGAAUCUCAGCUGAACUUCCUGGUCAUUUCAAGACUCCCCUUUUGCAGCCACGUUGAAAUCCCUCAUUUCUUCUGUGACCUGCCCCAACUUCUCAAGCUGGCCUGUGAUGCUACAUCCACCAACAGUGUCUUAAUGUAUUUCGUUGCCGCUGUCUUUGCUGGCCUUCCAGUCUCGGGGAUCAUUUUCUCCUACACCCAAAUAGUGUCCUCUGUUUUGAGAGUCCCAUCGGCUGGGGGCAGGUAUAAAGCAUUCUCUACCUGUGCCUCUCACCUGACUGUCGUUUGCUUGUUUUAUGGGACCGGGCUUGGGGUGUACUUCAGUUCUACUAUCUCCCCUUGUUCCCGAAAGGGGGCUGUGGCCUCGGUGAUGUAUACUGUGGUCACCCCCAUGCUGAACCCCUUUAUUUACUGCCUGAGGAACCGGGACAUCAAGCAGGCCCUUCAGAGACUCUUCAAACGAGCUGUCUAA